GAAUGCUGGGGCCACAGAGCGCUAUCACUCCGCUCCCGGGAGCUGAACCGGGGUGAGGAGCUGGCGGCUCAUCUACACCCUCCCCUCCCCGACCUUCACAACCGCGGCGCAGGGAGGACGGUCUGCGAAGGGAAAUCGAUACAUUUGCCAGGGAGAGUGUAGCGAGUGACUGUAACCAGUCACAGUUUAACCAGUGUAAUCAGCGACUGUAACGAGUGACUGUAACUAAUCAACAGACUGACACUCCAGCCCUGCCAUCAAUUUGAGCUUUACACCCCGGCCCGUCCAUGGGUCGCCUCGCUGUGAGGACGGGAGCAGCAGCAGCCGGCAGCGGGUAGAGUUGAAAUUACACCCCAAUGCAAUUUCAGCUGCAGUUUCAAUGUUGCGCCCCGGCCGCUGCCUGAUCUAAUGUAGCGCCGCCGAUCCCAGACGGAGCUGGUGAACGGACGAGGAGGAUACGCACUGUUUGCCCAAUGAGCCGGUGUUAUCUGCAAGUUGGAUUUGUUUGCCACAUCUCGGGCCGAGGGUGAGAGUCUGUCUCACCCACCAUGGCCCUUGGUCUGCUCGGCGGCGGUGGCGCCGCCUCUCCCCAGUCAACUCUCCACGACGCCGGCUGGCUGCUCCUGCUGCUACUGUUUGCGGCCUCCAUAGUGACUGUGCUGACUUGGCUGGUGCAGUACUCGUUCGGGAUUCUCCGGCGCUCCGGGACGGCCGCUCUCCAACACCGUCCUCCCGGCGCGCUGGGCUUGUGGACCUCGCUCCUGCAGCUCGGCUGCUCCCGGGAAGACAGCGCCUCCAGCUCUGGGCUUCGCCAUCUACUCGCCUCCCUCUCCUCCUUCAAGUCCUUCAGAGACAAUUGGCAGAAUGCGUGGAUCAAGGCGCUGAACGACCAGGCUUGUCGCAUGGGGAGCUCGGUGCAAAUCAGCUUUGAGGAAAGUCCCCAGCUGCCAUCAACGGCCUGCAUCAGCCAAGUGACUUGCAUAGACCAGUCGGAGCAGAGCAUGGUACUUUGCUGCAAUUUAGCGGUGGAUGCAAUACAGUUCCCCGUGUCUGUCACUCAGCAGUCUCCAGCUGCCGUGUCUAUGGAUUCCUACCAAGUCAUUCUGGCUCCACUUCAGGCUCAGAUGGAGAUCUGUUUGGAAGAAGCAGAGAUCAAAGGCCUGCUGGUCACAUGGUCGUUCAAGGAGCCUCCUGUUCUGUCCCUCACGGUCACCCCUAAACUACAGAGAGGGGGGAAUGAUGGAAAAGCCGACAUCUCCACCAUCAAAGAAUUGAUUGAAGAUACAAUUGUCAGCACCAGUCCAGCCAUGUUGAUCAAUCUCAAGGCACAUAUAGGAAACACUGUGGUGCCAGGGGAGAAACUUGGUAAGACAUCAGCUCCCCCAUCAAAGGUCGCUCUUAAUGCAGGGGGUAAGCUGGUGAUCAGACAGCUGAAGGCAAAUAUCAGCAGAGUGGAAGAAGCGGGUUGUGGAGAGUUGUGUUGUGUGCUGGAACUUGACAGCCCGUCACAGAUGAAACGAACAAGAUAUGUGAUGCCCAAGUCCCAGAGCCCAAACUCUGUUCUGAAGUGGAACGAUGAAGUAUCCUUUGAGUUGGGAGCAGGAAGCAAGGAAAUGAAAGUGAAAGUCCUGGAAAAGUCUGAACAAAGUGAGAAUGUGCUAUUGGGACAGAGUGUGAUCCCACUGGAUUUAUCCCAGAGAUCACCAUCUGGAUGCCAGAGCUUUCCAUUAGCAGCCUCUCCAGAAACGUCGAACACUUCUGCUGGAUCAGUCUCACUGGAGCUGAUUUACAUGGAGCGCACAGAUGCCAAGACAGCCCAGUCACAGGUCCCACUGCGGACCACUGUUACCCCAACGAAAAAAAUUGAAAUGGAACGAACCGUAAUGCCGGACGGAACUAUAGUGACCACAGUAACAACUAUCCAAUCGCGGCCUAAGUUCGACAGCAAAACAGAUUCUCCCACAAGGUCACCCUCCAAGGUGGAAGUAACGGAGAAGAGAUCCAUCAAGCUGGAUGAUAGCCCAGUCAGCCAACUUCCCUACAAUGUGGGCAACCAGCUUGCUAAUGGUCUGGAUCCAGUCGUACAGACAGCGAUACAGCAACUGACAGAAUCUGCUAACAAGCCCAGCAAAAAGACACCCACCAAACGCAGCACGCUGAUCAUAUCCGGCAUAUCAAAGUCCCCCAUUGAUCAGGACGAAAUGGCUCUCUCUGUGGGUUACGCAGCUGCGAUGGAUGCCUCGCUGCAGUCUGAGGCUGGGUUGCCUGCCCUGCCCCACUGCAGCACCCAGACUGCACUGGAGUCGCCCAAGUCCACGGAUCCUCCUUCGAACCAGCGGCAGUCGGUCAGCCAGGAGCCGGACGAGGCCAUUGCAUCCGACAUUUCCGAGCGACCGUCGGUGGAUGAUGUCGAAUCUGAAACAGGGUCAACAGGAGCACUUGAAACCAGAAGCUUGAAGGAUCACAAAGUUGGCUUUCUCCGAAGUGGAACAAAGCUCUUGUUCAGGAGGAAACACAAGCAGAAGGAGCCGGGUUUCAGCCACUCGCACGACGACCUGUCCCACGUCAGUGAUAGCCCUUCAUCUACGCGGAAGAAGUCGGGAAGCUUCUCUCGGAAGCUGAUCAAACGUUUCUCCUUCAAGUCCAAGUCCAAGUCCAAGUCAAAGGCUAACACCAACGGCAAUACUGGGGCAACGGGGAACUGAAUGCACUAGGAUACCCAGACAGCAUUGUUGGAUUAGAUACCUGGUGGGUCAACUAUCUGGGGACAGGACAACAAGGGGCAAAGCACAAGGAGCCCAACCAUGAUUGUUGCAGUAACUUUUGUCCUGGGUUUCUUUUCGGUGACUUUCUUUGAUGGUUGGAGUGGUGCCGUCACUUGUGAAAGCCACUGUGCAGUAAACUUUCUCCCAAGUCUGAUCAUGUGUUGAUGGCAAAAAAAACAACGGACCUUUCGACACUCUGAAGCCAAGGAAAUUCUUGAGUCAAGGACUAAGAUGCAAAGGCCUUUGUUUGGUGACACUAGUUUUGAAUGUAAACUAUCAACCUGACUUAACCUUUCCCCAAUUUUAUUUAUUGAAAGUCUAUAACUUUGCCAGGUUUUGGCAGCUGUACAAGAUGUUUUAAUAGAAAUACUGUUGUAAUGUUAUAAUUGGGAGGAAUUAACUGUCACUGAUUGCUGCCUAUUCUUGCAUUUACUGAUUUGUAUCUUCUUGUUGUUUUGAAAAUAUAAACAAAUAGAUAAAUUUUAACUCUUUCUCCAUUUGAAAAGAAAGGGAAGUCACCUUGAAAUAACAUCAUUGCACUCUUUGGACCCUGAAUGGCACCCAAACCAAUGGGAAAUCAAUGAGGGGCAGAGCGUGCUUUCAGAGGGUGACGGAGAUGAUGCUGGCCAGUUGCAAUUGUCGCACUUUUUGUAUUCGCUGAUCUUUUGGCAGAUUGCAUCCAGUUUUUUUAUCCUUGCAAGCUGUGACGUUGAAUCUAAGUCCAGUCAAAGUCCAGUGAAGGUACGGAGAAGAUUUGUGAGAUCAGGAACAAGAUGUAGGUCUGAGGUGACAGGGAAAGACUUGGCAAACUGACAUUUUGGAGCAGAGGUAGAGUGAAAGGUUUAAGAGUUGUCCAAAAUGUUGAUGACAUUUGGUACAAGUAAAUGGUGGGAAAUUUCCAAUGGUAGAAGCUUUUAGAGAUUUUAUUUGAUGCGAGUUAUUUGAUGUAAAAUGCUCAAAAGAGAGUAGAAAUGAAUUCAAUAGCAAAUCUCAAAGAGGAAAUGGAGAAAUACUUGAAGUGGAGAAUAUUUGCAGGGAUAUGGGGGGAGAACAGAGAAGUGCGACUAUUUGGAUCUCGCUUUCAAACAGUGGCAUAGGCACAAUGAGCUUCGAUGUCUUCCUUAAUAUAUCAUGCUUUGAUUCUAUGAAUGUCGCAUCACCUCAAUUGGAUCCAGAGACUGUACUGCUUGAAUUAACGUCCUUAGAAAUUGUUUCAAAACACUGCACGGAUCAGGGAACAUUGAAAGAGAGCAAAACAGGGUUAAUAUUUCAGGCUGAUGCAGUCAGGUUCAUUACAAACAGUUAGUUUAAUUUAGUUAAGUGAUACAACAUAGAAACAGAACCUCAGUCCCCCGACCUGUUCACACUCCCACUCCCAACACAUUUGGGGUAAAUGUUUAUGAAACAGAGGCCAAUUAAUUUACACAUCCGCACGUCUUUUGGAUGUGGGAGGAAACCAGAGCACCCGGAGGAAACCCAUGGGGUCACAGGGAGAACGCGCAUACUCCAUACAGAUAGCACCCGAGAUCAGGAUCGAACCCGGGUCUUUAGGGCUGUGAGGUAGCAGCUCCACCAGCUGUGACACUGUGCUGUUUGGUGAAAUGUCCUUGCCCUGAAAGAUGAACUGUUACCCUCUCCAAAGAUGCUUUAUGACCUGUAGUGCUUUUCGUGUAUUUUGAGAUGUUAUUUGAGAUUUCUGGCACUCAUCGGUAUUUUAGUGUUUGUCAAAGAAAAUCAUGCACAGGGGUGACGUUUGGACUGGAAUUGAGCAUGAAGGUAAUAUUUACCCCAGGUGAAAGGACUGACGCGAGACCUCCCCAACCAUUAUCGCGUAUAUCCAGAGGGUGCAUAGCCUUUGGCAUAGCCACAAUGGAAUAGUUAGUAUGGUGCCUGAGGCUUGUUCAUGAUACACAUUGUAUAUAUAUAGAUAGAUUUAAGUUAGUGCAAGGUCUAAUCUGCAGUACUUGGUGAGACUGCCUACAACAAAUGCUUUGUGCCCAGUUCUUGAAGCACAUUGGUUUUCUGAACUAGAUUCCCACCCACAAUGUUUUUGGUUUAGAUUUUGCUCCAUCAUGGGCAAAUACUGAGGCAUCUCAGUUACCAUAUUGAGGAGAUGGGUGACUGUUCCGAUACUCCCCGCAGGUGGCUCCUUGGGAGAUACAUAUGUAAAAAGCAUUGUACCAUUAAUCGCCUCUUUUUUGGGGCUGGGGGAAAGGGUGGUGAAUGAAUAUAAUGAUGAUGCGACUUUGUUGUAGCUUCUAGUCAUUUCGUAGCGCAGGUGACGAUUUGGAAAUAACUAACAGCCAUUUGGCUUCCAUUUCUUGAAGAGGGUGGGACAAUGGGAUGGACUCUAUACUGAAAUUAGUUUUUGCUGAGAGUGAAAAAUAAUUUUAAAAAAAACCUUAAAAACCUCAAUAAUUAAUCCUCCUAGAGACGUGGGAAGAUAAAGAUAGUGGAUGUUUUAUUUGCCUCUGAAGAAUAACCAGUUAGUUGGCUCAAAGCCUGAACUGCCGAGACAGUGAAGAUGCUACUGGUUUGCAAAGUGGUACAAGCCGUUAUGAUGGGGGCUGGUUCAACCCCAGGUAACAAAUACCAUUUCAAGAGGGAUCUGUAGGUACUAUCCCAUAAAUUACUAUGGGCUGCACUGUCCUGAAUGCUACUUUAAAUCCAAACUCAAAAGAGUGUACACAUUUCCUUAAAUUCCUUGAAAAUAAAUAUUGAUUUAAAAAAACAUAUUGUUCACACUGGCAACUGCAUGUUUUAAUAAAGAUUUUGAUUGUU